AAUCAGUAAAAUUUAAGACUACAAUUGAUAAAGGUAUUCAUCGAGCAACAUAUUUUCAAAAUUCAAACAAUAAAUUCUUUAUUGCAAACUUAAAAGAACUUCAUCUUUUAAAUACUCAAAAAGCAUUGCAAAUAUUGGCUAUUAAAUUUGAACCACCAAUUGUUAAACCUCGACGUAAAGAAAGAGAUACAUGUUUAUUUCAAGUAAUACAUAGUUUUGAACAUCUUGCACAAUUUUGGUCAAGAUAUGAUAAUUUUGAAUUUGCUGCAAAAAUCAUUGCACGACUUGAAAAACGAUGGGAAA